GGUCAGGAUAUUACACAUCCAGACCCACUGUUAAACGGUUUGAGCGCAGCGGCAAUAAUAUAUUACAGGUUUCUGAACACCUCAAUGCUUUUUCAAAAAUGAGGAAUCUGGAGAAUGAAAAUAAAUAUGAAGAGAACGUUAGAUCAUUAAGGGAAGUUAUGGGUACUAUGCAACACCACGAUGCUAUCACUGGCACUGAGAAAGAACAUGUUGCUGCAGACUAUACCAGGAUGUUGACGAAAGCUAUUAGGGAAACCGAGAGCCAUUUAGGAAAAGUAUUGGGAAAUCUGUUGAAAAAAGAUGAUGUGACUGACGACAUAACGUUGCCGGUUUCGUCUUGCCUGCUUGCAAACAUUAGUUCUUGUGAAAAUGCGCUUAAGGACAAGUAUAUGGUGACGGUGUAUAAUCCACUUUCUAGAUAUGUGACGUAUUACGUUCGUCUACCAGCUAAAAACGGCGCAUACAAUAUAACUGGACCAGAUG